AUGGCACCAUCUCAAGAACAAUCAAAAGAACAAGUCCAACCACAGACUUCUAAAGAUCAACAACCAACUAAAUCUGAUAAAUCAAAAGUUCAGAAAGAAGAGGAAUUAUCUGAAGAAGAUCAACAUUUAAAAGAUGAAUUGGAAUUAUUAGUUGAAAGAUUGAAUGAACCAAAUCAAGACAGAGCUUUAUAUAAUAAGUAUUUGGAUACAUUGAAAACCUUUAUUAAGGAAUCAACUACAUCAAUGACUGCUGUUCCUAAACCUUUGAAAUUUUUAAGACCACAUUAUCCUUUAUUAACUGAAAUAUACACAAAUUGGUCUAAGCAAUUCCUGGCAAAAGAUGUCAUUGUUAUCAAAUUGGCCGAUAUAUUAUCAGUAUUAGCAACAACUUAUUCUGAUGAAGGCAAUAGAGAUUCUUUGAAAUAUAGAUUAUUAGCCUCAGAUGACACUAUUGCCGAUUGGGGUCAUGAAUAUAUGCGUCAUUUGGCUUUAGAAAUUGGAGAAUCUUUCCAAGAGAAUUUAGGAGUCGAUGAAGAAUUGGUGAGUAAAUUAGUGAAAUUGGCUUUACAAAUUGUCCCAUUCUUCUUGAAACAUAAUGCAGAAGCUGAUGCCGUUGAUUUAUUAUUAGAAAUCGAAUGUAUUGAUAAAUUACCACAAUUUGUUGAUGAAAAUACUUUUGCUCGAGUAUGUCUUUAUGUCACAAGCUGUGUGCCCUAUUUAGCUCCACCAGAUGACAUUUCAUUUUUAAACACUGCUUAUUCAAUAUAUUUGUCUCAUAAUCAAUUAACUCAAGCAUUAACAUUGGCUAUUAAAUUGGACGACAAUGAAUUGAUAAAACAAGUUUUCGAUUCAACUACCGAUGAAUCACUUCAUAAACAAUUGGGGUUUAUUUUAUCUCAACAAAAUAGUAAUUUCAAAUAUCCAGGUGAAAACCAAGAAGUACAAGAAUGUAUUUCCAAUGUUAAAUUGGCAGAAUAUUUCCAAUAUUUGGUUAAAGAAUUGAAUUUAUUGGAUCCAAAAGUUCCUGAAGAUGUUUAUAAAUCUCAUUUAGAAAAUUCUAAAUUUGGUUUAGGUACUUCAGGUUCAAUCGAUUCAGCUAAACAAAAUUUAGCAGCAUCAUUUGUUAAUGGAUUUCUUAACUUGGGUUUUGGUAAUGAUAAAUUAGUUGAAACUGAAGAAGAUAAUAAAUCGUGGAUUUAUAGAACAAAAGGUUCAGGUAUGGCAUCUACCACUGCUUCUCUUGGAUCGAUUCAUCAAUGGAAUAUCAAUGAAGGUUUACAAGUGUUGGAUAAGUAUACUUAUUCUGAAGAUUCAGAAGUGAAAGCUGGGGCAUUGUUAGGUACUGGUGUAGUAUCAGCCAAUGUUCAUGAUGAAGUUGAUGCAGCAUUUGCCUUAUUGCAAGAAUAUGUUCAUGAACCAAAUAAACUUUAUCAAACUGCUGCUAUAAAUGGGUUGGGUAUUGCCUUUGCUGGUUCUGCUAAUGAAGAUGUUUUGAACUUGUUAUUACCAUUAGUUUCUGAUUUGGAUAUUUCUUUGGAAAUUUCAUGUCUUGCUGCUUUAGCUUUGGGUCAUAUUUUUGUUGGUACAUGUCAUGGUGAUGUCACAUCAACAAUUUUACAAACAUUAUUGGAAAGGGAUUAUACCCAAUUGACCAAUAAGUUUAUCAAAUUUAUGUCAUUAGGGUUAGGGUUGUUGUAUAUGGGUAGAACUGAACAAGCAGAAGAUGUUUUGGAAACCAUUGACGCUAUUGAACACCCUAUUAGUAAAACAUUGAAAGUUUUGGUGAAUAUUUGUGCCUUUGCUGGUACUGGUAAUGUAUUACAAAUCCAAGCAUUAUUACAAAUGUGUACUGCUAAACCUAAAGAUCAAUUGGAUGAAGAAAAAAGAUUGGAACAAUCUGAGGAGGAGCAAAAUAAGGAUGCUAAACCUAAUGGAGAUGAAGAUGUGGAGAUGGAAGAUGCUGAAUCAAAAAAUGAUAAUACAACAGAAAAUACCACUGCCGCCACCACCACCACUACUACUACUACUACUACACAACAAGAUAGUAAUAGCAAGAAAGAAAAGGGAGAUGGUAGUAGUGCUGCAAGUGAUGAAAAGGCACAAGACGACGCAGAUGACGAUGACACGCUUGAAGAAGAAGAAGAAUUGUAUCAAGGAAUUGCCGUGUUGGGUUUAGCAUGUAUUGCUAUGGGAGAAGAUAUUGGUCAAGAUAUGUCAUUACGUCAUUUCGGACAUUUGAUGCAUUAUGGUAAUUCUUUAAUAAGAAGAGCUGUUCCAUUAGCCAUGGGAUUAGUGUCUACAUCUAAUCCACAAAUGAAAGUUUUCGAAACUUUAUCACGUUAUUCACAUGAUCCAGAUUUAGAAGUUGCACAAAAUUCGAUUUAUUCCAUGGGUCUUGUUGGUGCCGGUACUAAUAAUGCUAGAUUAGCCCAAUUAUUAAGACAAUUGGCUUCUUAUUAUAUUAAAUCACCCGAUACUUUAUUUAUGGUAAGAAUUGCUCAAGGUAUUUUACAUUUAGGUAAAGGUACUUUAACAUUAACUCCAUAUAAUUCUGAAAGAACCAUUUUAUCUAAAGUAUCUUUGGCAUCAUUAUUAACCAUUGCCAUUGCCUUAUUGGAUCCAAGAUCAUUUAUAUUGAAUGAUUCAACCACUGAAACUUCUCAUCAAUUGUUGUAUUAUUUGACACCAGCAGUUAAACCACGUAUGUUGGUCACAGUUGAUGAAGAAUUGAAACCAAUUAAAGUCAAUGUUAGAGUUGGUCAAGCAGUUGAUGUUGUUGGACAAGCUGGUAAACCAAAGACUAUUACUGGUUGGGUUACUCAAUCUACUCCGGUGUUGUUAAAUUAUGGUGAACGUGCAGAACUAGAAAACACUGAAGAAUGGAUAAGUUUGAGUAGUUCAUUAGAAGGUGUUGUUAUUUUGAAAAAGAAUCCAGAAUAUAUGGAAGUUGAUAGUUGA